AUGUUUUUUUAUAAUUUCAAAAAUGUAGGAGUGUAUCUAUACCUACACUUAAUUUUAACCUUUACAAGAAGAUACACAUAUGGAAUCUUGAUAAAUAAUCGCACAUCGUUCAUUAAUUGCAAUAAUAAUGACCAGUAUCGCAACUUAAAAAUAGUAAAAGCAACUUUACCUGAUAAUGAUUCCAGCCCAAAUAAAUAUAUCGAAGACUUCCUCAAAUCUUCUGUCAGCAAAAAUCUAUUUAAGGACCAAAGUCCAAACUUUAUAGGAAUGAGCCCAGAAUUAACUAAACUGAGUAAGUCAAAGUCCUGGAGCGAUAUUGUGGCUGAUGAGAUCUUAAAGAACAGAAGACUUGAAUAUGAGGAUGAUCAGAAUGUUCCAAGAAUUAGCGGUGAUCCUGAAGAACACCGUGGACUUCCUAUAGAAAGAAAGCCUUUUAAUUACAGAUUAACACCUGAAGGACGAGUAGAACUUGAGGAUUAUAUAGAGCAUUUGAAGAGAACAGCAUACACAAACCCUGUAAAGUAUAAAGAGGAUACGCCUAUUCUUUGGAUAAUCAGAUCAUCUUAUGGGAACUACUGUGAGCUCCUGGAGAAAGAUGAGGAUAAAAUAAAGUCACUUGUAAAUAGAGUUAGAAAACAGUUUAGUCGAUCAGAACUAGAAAUUCUCGUUUUAAAAGUAAACGUGAAAAUGCCACUAUGUGAAAUCAUGUUAGAAGGAACCAUGCCUGAUAUGGUCAGAAUAUUCUACGCACGAGGAGGAACUCUUCAGUACUAUGUUACACCUCGUUUUUGGACUAGAUGUGAAUUACUUGAAAUGGAUCCUAGACUUGAGGCUAUUUAUGGAAAGGCGAAUGCACCAGGUUUAUUUCCACAGUGGGAUGAGGAUGGAAUGAUGGAGGAGAUUAUCGACUGUAUGGACAGGAGACCUGACUACGCACUGGAGUUUAGAUUGCCCAACCUCUGGCAGGUAAAGAUGUUAUUACCCGAGUUUAACCAACACCUAAUGAAACUAUUCUUUGACAAGGUUCACUGGCCCACCAGACUAAAAGUUCAAAAGGCUUUUGAAAUGGGAGUCGAAGACUACCGAACAAUAAUUGAGAAGAAGUAUGUGUUUUAUCAGAAGAUUUCUUUGAAAAGUCAAGGAUUGAAAGAUUUAUGGCUCACAAAGCCCGACAGUUUUGAUUAA